UUGAUCCUCUCGACAAUUUUACCUGCACUGCCCGCUUGCUCAAUCAUGUCGUUGAGCCCAAAGCACACAACGCCUUUUUCAGUGACAGACAUCCUGAGCCCGAUCGAGGAGACCUACAAGAAGUUUGGUGCCAUGGACGGCACUGGCAACAUGGCACCUCCUCUGGGAGGUUACCGCCAGCCGCAGGUCUCUCAGGCUGCGAUGCAACAGCACAGUAUGGGUCACAACGCCACGGUGGCGACCACCUAUCACAUGCCGCACGGCGUGUCCCAGUUCUCUCACGGUGCCAUGGGAGGCUACUGUAACGGGAGCAUUGGCAACAUGGGGGAUCUCCCGUCUUACCAAGAUACCAUGAGGAAUAACGCCGCGGCCACCGGCUGGUACGGCUCAAACCCCGACCCCAGAUACUCAACAAUAUCCCGUUUCAUGGGGACCUCCUCUGGAAUGAACAUGGCGGGAAUGGGGGCUCUGACUGGAAUGGGAGACGCCACCAAACCGAUGGCACCUUUGCACGCUACACCCAGGAGGAAAAGAAGGGUCCUGUUCUCCCAGGCUCAGGUCUACGAGUUGGAACGGCGCUUCAAGCAGCAGAAGUAUCUGUCCGCUCCAGAAAGGGAACAUCUCGCCAGCAUGAUCCACCUGACGCCGACACAAGUAAAGAUCUGGUUUCAGAACCAUCGCUACAAGAUGAAGCGCCAGGCCAAAGACAAGGCGACGCAGCAGAUGCAGCAGGAAAACAACCUGUGCCAACAGCAACAGUCUCCCAGGAGAGUGGCCGUGCCUGUCCUGGUUAAAGACGGUAAACCGUGUCAGAACGGCUCGGGUACCCCGGCAGCCAACCAAGCAAGCAACCAACAGCAGCAACAAGGCGCUAACGGGAUCCACCCCGUCGCCAGCACCGCCAUUUCACAGCAGCAGGGUCAACAAGUGAAUUCACUCGCUCAACCUCAAGACUUAGGCCAGGUGUCGCCAAACUCGACGUCCCUCCACAAUUCGGUGACCAACAUGUCUCAGAUGGACUCGGCUACUGCGGACUACACGGGGAGUAUGGUGAAUCCUAACCUGCUCUACGGCAGAACCUGGUAAACCCCCACCACCACCACCGGGUACAAAACAGGCUGGAGACAGGUGAGACAUUGCUUAUAAUGUUUGAACUGGCAAACUUUGCCGCAAGUCCUCCUAACUUUUAUUCCCGGAUGUGCGGACCUGAUUCUGGGCUG